GCGGGAGAUUGAUGCAUUCGGAGCUCAGUCCAAACAUUUUCAACAAAUCGCCCUCACAUCAACUAACUGACCCUCUUUCAAAGCGAAUUCAUGUGUACGAGUUCAUUUGCAUAGAAACCACAGUUCUUUUAGAGACAGCCUAUCACAGGAAAAGCUAACCAUGGUGCACAUUUCUCACUUUACCGACAAUCCUCACAACAGUUCCAUCUUUGGCUCGGAAGAGCUCUCGUUGGCUCGCCACAGCAAUCAUUCUGCGGUGACCAAUCCAUGGGAAGAUCAAGAUGUCAAGGGCAGCAGCAAAGCGUUUGGGUUGGGUGGUAGCCUUCAUCAAUCCACAGCCAAAACCAAGACGAAAAAUUUGAUUGCCAAAGACAAGGUGACCAUUGUGACUCCCACAACCUCCAUGUCUCACAAUGUCACCACCAAGUUGGAGCAGUUUUGUACGGAAAAGCUAUUGCAGAACAAACGACGCCUCACCACGUUGUACGGUCGUCAACGAGAGAUUCGACUGUUGGAAACUGAGUUGAAUCAGAUCUGCAGCAAAACUACUACUGGAACAAAAAAGAUCAAUGGCAAGGACCAUGAGACCAACAGUCACCACCGCUCGCUCUGUCUGAUUCGUGGACUCAGUGGAGAAGGCAAGACUGCCUUGGCUCUGUCGCUCAAGGAUCCUGCCAAGCAUCGAGGGGCCUUUUUUGUACAGGGCAAGUUUGACUUGGCACAGAUUGGAGAACCCUAUUCUGGAAUCAAGGCGGCCAUGCGACAGUUGUGCCGGGAAAUCUCCCAAUUGCCACCACGAAAGUUAUCUGAUCCAAGCAAAAGGCCAACUCUGGACGAUCUCCAAGAAGCCGUGGCAGAGCAGUUGGAUUGGGAAAUGGAUCUCCUCUGUCAGGUUGUGCCGGAAUUGGAGGUACUCCUUAAACCAGCAGCAGCAGAAACCACCAAGAGCCCCGGUCCGCUUCAAAGGCUCUUUAGUGUACGAGACUGCAUGUCUCAAAGAGUCAUUUCGGCCAUGUCCACCCGCAAAGUCACGCAUUUCCAGUCCAAACACAGUCUCCGUCGAGUCAACAGUCAUGACAGUGAUGACAAGUCAAAAGCGAUUGAAAAGACUGCAUCUCUCAAAAAUCCAUUUCGGUCAAGCAUUGCCAGUCCCCAUCCAAUCUCCACCGAGUCAACAGUCACGACAGUGACAACGACAACGACGACAAGUCGACAACGGACGAGAAAGCAGGACCGACGAAAACAACAACCAGGACAAAAGACAGCCGGGACAGGAAUCCAGCGUCAGCUCGUAGUGGAUGAAACUGCCACAGUCAACACAUCAACAACGACCGAAGAGGCACCGCUUCGUUGCCAAAAGACAACCGACAAAAAGGCAGGAUUCAGACGACAAAAGACAGCCGAAGCAGGCCUCCAGCGUCGGCCCACAGUGGAAACAACUACCAUCAACAAUUACAAUGCCAAAUCGGCAGGGGAUCGUCUCCAGUUUGCCAUGCGGAAGUUGAUUCGAUUGAUAUCGGGGUUUGUGCCAUUGGUACUCCUCUGUGAUGAUGCACAAUUUAGUGACACAGCCAGUCUCUCCAUUCUCAAGGGAUGGAUUACAGAUGAUACCAUUCCCUCCCUCUUGAUGAUUUGGACCUACCGAAGCAACAUGGUUGAUGACAAUCAUUUUGUCACAAAAACACUCCAGGAAAUCCAGUCAGUCCAAGAUGAAAAGAAGAUUGCCAUUCAUGACUUUGCCAUUGGAGAACUGCAUCAGGGAGAUGUCAAUGCCAUGAUUGCUGACCUUUUGGAUAUCCCACCGGAACAGGUCAAAGAACUCACUGCCAUUAUUCAUCAAAGAACUCGCGGAAAUGUGUUCUUUGUGAUGCAGUACCUCCUGUCCUUGACACAAAAGGGACUGCUCAAGUACAACAUGGGUUGUUGUCAAUGGAACUGGAAUCUACAAGAUAUUCAGUUUGGAUCCACCGCCACCGACAAUGUGGUGGAUCUCAUGAGGGAAAAGUUGGAGCAGUCGUGCACCGCUCGGAAGCUCCUUCCCUUGGCGGCCUGCAUUGGUACCACGUUUGAUGCCCAAGUGUUGCAGGCUGUCAUCACGGCUGCUGAUGACUACCCAAUAUUUUUGGAUGUAUUGGGAAGUGUCUUUGCCUUGGAACAAAGCGACUUUGGGGGCGACAUUGACAACCAACUCCACCAGCUUGAAAGUGAGGGAUUCAUUGAAGCUUCCUCGGCAACGACGUUUUCGUUUUUACAUGACAAGGUUCUCGAAGGAAGCAUUUCGCUCAUUCCAGAGGCAGAACUUGAUAAUCUGAAAUACACCAUGGGAUACAUUCUCCUGGAGAACCAGGAACGUCUUGAGGCCCAAGGAGUGGAACAGUUGACAUUUCUCUUGGUCAAUCUCAUCAAUCCGCAAUUGGAGCGAUUGCCGGCCGAGAAGCAAAUAGCCUUGUAUGAGUUAAACUGCGCAGCUGCCGAAGAGGCUUAUGUUGCUGCAGCCUUUCGGCGUUCGGCUGUAUAUUACAAGGCUGCCAUCUCACUGCUUCCUGAACGUCAUUGGGAGACUAUGUAUGAAGAGAGUCUCUAUCUGUACACGACGGCAGCGGAGUCCGAAAUGUGCCUGGGCAACUACGAUCAAAUGAAGUCCUACAGCAAUGUGGUGCUGGCAUUGGACUGUCCCAUUCAGGAUAAGAUUCAUGUGUACCGAAUCAUCAUGGAUGCACAUAUGGCAAAUGCUGAAGUUCAGGAAGCCUUGAAGGAAUGCUUGAGUGUCCUGGGAAGUUUGAAGUUUCACCUUCCCAAGACUCUGCUUGGUCCGCGGACGUUGGCGGCUGUGGCCAACAUUAAGCUUCACAAGAAAAAGUGGACACCCGAUUCCUUGCGGAGACUGCCAGUGAGCAAGGAUCCAAUGGAUGAAGCCAUCUCCAAGUUGCAUGACAGUCUGAUCAUCUUUUCCAUGAUGACAUGGCCAGAGGCAUGGCCACUCUGUAUCAUCAUGGCCUGCCGCCAUGUCAUUGAUCGUGGGCUGACACGAUAUUCUGCCGUUCCAUUUGCAUGGAUGACCAUGAUCAUUCAAAAUGUGUUUAUGGAUUUCCAGUGGGCCAAGGAACAUGCUGAGGUGACCUGCUCUCUCAUGGACAAGUUUCAAAACCGAGAGAUCGAAUCGAGAAUUUCUUUGGUGCUCAACAUUUGCACCGCUCACUGGACAGCUCCAAUUCAGCUGUCGGGCAAGGCAUUGACGAUUGGGUACAAGAGAGGCAUGGAGUGCUGUGACUUGGACAGUGCCUUCUGGAAUGCCCACUUUAUCAACGAGUCGGCACUGUAUUCCGGAACCAACCUCGCAUUGGUCGAAAAGGACGUGGAAUCCUACACCAAGAAUGAGAUGGACUACAAAAUGUUCAAGCACGCAGACUGUUUGAAGAGUGUUUGGCAAUUAGUGUUAAACCUCCGUGGCCGUUCAUCCAACACCACAAUCUUGACUGGCACAGCUCACGACGAAGAAGCGGCAUUGAACAUGCUGGAAACCUCAAAUGAUCUUCAUCACCUCUCCCAUUUGCAAAAGGAUAGGUUGUUUGCAGCUGCCUUCUUUGGUGAUUUCGAACUGGCGGCCAACCUUGGUUUGUCGACCAUUGAUAUGAUUUGCAAGGUACUGAUUGGUCAGUAUUCUACCCUCGUGUCACGGUUCAUUCUGGGUGUUGCCUGCUAUGAAAUGGCCCGACAACGACCGAAACGAAAGAAGGAAUACAUUGGGGCUGCCAAGAAGCAACGAAAGCAAAUUCGGAAAUGGUUUUCUAUGGGAUGCCCGGGUGCUCACCACUAUGUCCUCUUCUUGGAUGCGGAGAAUGCCGCCAGCAAAGGAAAGCUGGAGGAUGCCAUUGAGUUUUAUCAGCGCACCAUCACACUGGCAGGUAGGACAGGGUACCUGCACGACCGGUCUCUUGCUUGUGAGAGACUGGCAGCCUUGUAUCUGCGAAUGGACGACGUGGUCAGUGCCAAGCAUCGUCUCAUCGAAGCACGAGACCUUUCCGAGGAGUGGGGUGCAAUGAAACGAGUCGAACUUCUGGAUGAAAAACUGAAGUCGCUCUUCUAAUGUACUGGUAUUAUAAGCAACCCCCUCUAGCUAUCAAGUACUAUUAAUUCUUCUACAUGAAGUUAUG